GCUUCCAUCUCAAACCAAAACCCCUCUCUCUCUCUCUCUCUCUCUCAAGAACACACACAUAAACAGGGACACUCGGAGGAAUUUGGUUUUCGUUUCGUUUCAUUUUGUUCUUUUGCUCGUAAUAUUUGGUAACAUGUUCCUCAGAUCUCUGAAUAGUACUGUUUGUUCUGUUUCAUCGGCGUUUCUUAUGUUGGUUUGGAGUACAGGAAUGAUAGAUUCAGAGCUCCGAAGGAGUACAUUCGUCUGGGCUUGAAAAUCAGGUUUCAGUAGUUCUGUAUCUGAGCUACUUGCAAUGGGCAAGUCCCCGGGGAAAUGGAUCAAGACACUUCUAUUUGGAAAGAAGGCAUCGAAGUCUAGUUUGUCAAAAGGACGGGAGGUUUUGCAAACUGCAAAUGAGAAUGAGACUUUGGUUGCUGCCAAGGCCUUGGGUGUUGAAUCAGCUGUGGAUCAUCCAUUGAUUUCACUGGUGACACCCGGUACAACUGAUGGAAAUGGGGGAAACUUGGCGUUGGAAAAUGUGGUGCCUUCCAAUUUACAGCGUGAUGGUAAGGUAUUGCCCGGAAAUCAGGAUCCAGAUACGCAAGGAACCACAGGUCCUGAGGCAGCAAAUGAUCCAGAGCGAAUCAAGCAAGAACAAGCUGCAACAAAGGUGCAGGCUGCUUUUAGGGGUUAUUUGGCUCGUCGGGCAUUUCGAGCUUUAAAGGGCAUCAUAAGGCUGCAGGCUCUUAUCCGAGGGCACCUUGUGAGGAGGCAAGCUGCUGCUACGUUACGCUGUAUGAAGGGGAUUGUAAGGUUUCAGGCACUAGUUCGUGGUCGAAGAAUCAGAAUUUCUGAUACUGGUCUUGAGGUGCACAGCAAACGCAAUGAGAGAAAAGCUCUGGAGGCUAAGCACUUGGAACCAAUUAGAGUGAAUAUAGAUCGACGUACGGAGAAGCUGUUAGCAAAUGUUUUUGCUAUUAAGCUUCUUGCUUCUAUAUCCACUGCAAUGCCGCUUCAUCUUCAAUAUGGUCCCGGGGAACCUAAUUCAGCUUGGAACUGGCUUGAGUGUUGGACUUCUACCUGUUUUUGGGAACCACUUCCACAAGCAAAGAAGAAUGCUGAUGUAAAACGUCAGGCAAGGCAGCGUCAUUUUCAAAGUGCAGAAACCGAACCAGGGCGGUCAAAACGUAGUGUCAGGAAGAUCCCUGCUGCAAAGGUUGACAAUGGAUCAAUCCAUUCUACUUCUGAAUCUGGAAAACCCAAACGUAGCCUGAGGAAAGUAACAAGCCAUCCUGUAGAGUCAGCUCCGGAACAUCCCCAGGCUGAGCUUGAAAAGGUCAAGCGCACUCUGAGAAAAGUUUCUAGCUCCAUAACUGAGGCUUCUGAUCGGAUAGAGGCUGUGAUUGAGAAGCCAAAGCGUGUUCUCCGAAAAGUGUCAUGCCAUGCAGCUGCUGAUACUUCAGACCAUGGCACAGGUGAUUCUUCUGAGAAGAUAACGAAAGAUACAAUAGUGGAGGCACCGAAGAUGCCUGAUGUGGAAGCAACUCAAAUACCGCUUACCUUAGAUGAGCCAGUUGAGAAUACUACUGUGACAAAUCAAGAUGAAGGGGGUGUGCAAGCUUUGGAGAGAAGUGUGCUAGGUGAGAAUAUUCCUGCAGCAAAUGGGGAAUUAAACUCUAAGGAAGAUCACAAUAGCAACGGAAACAAGAAAAGCAGCAGGAGAGCCUCCUUUCCAGCAAAGCAGGAAUAUCCUGAGAAUGGCUUACAAAACACCCCAACAUUGCCAAGUUAUAUGGCAGCCACUGCAUCUGCUAAGGCGAAGCUUAGAGCACAGGGUUCCCCAAGGUUCGGUCAAGAUGGGGUUGAGAAGGAUGAUUUCACAAGGCGGCAUUCUCUGCCUUCUUCUACCAAUGGGAAAUUGAACUCACUUUCACCACGAACACAGAAACCGGUUCAUGGAAGUGGAAAAGGUGGAGUUCGAGACAGAUCACUUUUGUCUUUGGGGGAUGGUAAUGAUAAAGUUGUGCAAGCAGACUGGCGGAGGUGAUUUUCUAGAAAUUGGGGUUUCAAGGAGAAAGGUUACCUACCUCAAAGAGGUAAACUUGCAGCAGUUUUUUCCUUUUGGUUUUUAGCUUGUACAAAAUUCAGUUGUAAAACUUGAAGCUGGACUUGAGUAACUGGUGUGUGGUGUGCCUGAAGCCCUUUACUUCUCUCUUAUUACUGUUGUUUUUCAGGGUCUGUAUAGUCAUAGCUCAUAGGAUAUAGUCUGGGUUUGAUUUCGUUUAUGUUCGUUUCUGCUUUUUUUUUUUUCUUCCAGAUUUAUUUUGAAAAAGGAACACCAACUGUGUAAGAACCAUAAACCUUUGUUAUACAGUUUCUCACCAAUAGAUGAAUGUUUGGCUUGUAACCA